GGUUCUGGGAAUCUGGCUUGCUUUGCUCUGGUUCGGUUUUCCUUGGCUGCCUUCCCGGACCGCUUGGCUAUAACCUUACAAUGGACACUGGAGGAGGAAAGAUGAAGGACUUGCUUGUAGAUGCUUUAGAACGUCUUGAGGAAAGAGACAUUAAGUUGUUUAAGUCUAAGCUGCGAUGUGUAGCAGCUCCUCGGGGAAAGAAUAUUCCACGUGGUCGGUUGGAAAAUGCAGACCGGCUGGAUCUGGUGGAGCUCCUUGUCGAAUUCUACGAAGAGAAGGCUGCUACACUAAUGAUAACUAUCUUGGAAGACAUGGGUUGCAAGAAAAAUGCUUCCAAUCUCAGCAAAGAGCUCAAGGAUCAAGUUCAGGGUUACAAAAAAAAGUAUGCCAAGUAUGUGAAGGAAGAAUGCAAAAAUAUAGAAGAAAGGAACAGUCUGUGUGGUGAGAGCAUUCCUUUGAAUUCAUGCUAUGCAAAGCUGCUUAUUAUCAAGAAGCAUAAGUCCCAAAAGCAGAAGGAACAUGAACUCCUUGCCACUGGUGGGUUGCACUUGGAAAUCCUGAGAACCUAUAGUCAUAAUUUAUCCAUUGACCUUGAAGAUUUAUUUGAGCCUGAUGAAUCGGGAACAAUUCCAAAAACAGUAGUGUUGCAAGGACCUGCAGGGAUUGGGAAAAGCAUGACUGUGCAGAAGAUCAUGCUGGACUGGGCUGAUGGGCGGCUCUAUCCAGACAUGUUUGAUUAUGUAUUUUGCAUCCAUUGCCGGGAAUUGAACUUUGCUGAAAAAGCCAGCAGCUUGGCUGAACUUAUUAUUGAGCAGUGUCAGGACAGAGAUGCCCCACUGGACGAAAUCUUAGCCCACUCUGAAAAACUGCUCUUUAUCGUUGAUGGCUUUGAUGAGCUUUCUCACUUUUUAGAAUCUGAAGGUUAUUUGUGUGACAAGCCUAAUUUAAAGGUCCCUUUGGAAAGUAUUUUAAGCAGCCUGCUGAGGAAGAUACUCUUGCCAGAUUCCUUCCUCUUAAUCACCACAAGACCAGGUGCUCUAGAGAGACUGCAGCAAUGCUUGAAGUUUCCCAGGUUCACUGAGAUCCUUGGCUUUUCUGAAAAAGGUCGCCGUGAGUUUUUUUCCAAGUUUUUUGAAGAGGAGAAGAAAGCCAACAUUGCACUGAGAUUCACUGAAAAUACUGUUGCGGUGUCCACCAUCUGCUUCAUCCCAAUGGUGUGCUGGAUCAUUUGUUCUGUGAUGAAAAUAGAACUGGAAACCGAAGAUGAGAUUGCAGGCACCUUGGAUACCACAACAAAAGUCUUUUUGCAGUUCUCUCAUAUUCUUCUUAAACACGAUAAUCCCAGAUGGAAAACCUCCCCUCAAAAUGAGUUCAGAAAACUUUGUUCUUUGGCCAGAGCUGGCAUAAUGCAACAAAAAGUCCUCUUUGAAGAGCAGGAUCUCAAGGAACAUUGCUUGGAUAUAUCAGCUGUUAAGGAUCUCUUUUUAGAGAAAAGAGCUUUCGAGACAGGUUUGGGCGGGUGCAGUCUCUACAGUUUUUUCCAUCUCUGCUUUCAAGAGUUUUUUGCUGCCAUGUGGUAUAUACUGCCAGCAGAGUCAACAGAAGAGAUGGAUCACGUUAUGGGUGACCUGCAGAGAUUAUUGGUUGAAUGGGAGAAGCCAAAUAAUCAACAUUUUGCGCUAACUAUAUGUUUUAUAUUUGGCCUGACAAGUGAAAAGACGCACAUCUUCUUUGAGCAAGCCCUGCAAUGCAAGACUUCUGACCUUGUAAAGCCUCUCUUAUUACAGAAAGCAGAAGUAGCUGCUAAGGAACUGGUUCAAAAACGCUAUUUCCCGCUAAAUUUUUUUCACUGCUUGUUUGAGAGCCAGGAGCCAGAAUUUGCAAAGAGAGUGAUGCAUCACUUCCAAAAUAUUAACUUUUCCUUCAAAACGCUGUCCAUGUUAGACUGCAAAGUCUUGGCGUUUUGUCUGCAACAUAGUACAAUUGAGGAUCAUUCCCUUUGCUUACAUUUCUGCGGGUUGAAAUCUCAUCACAUCAAGGCUUUGGCUCCAGGAAUUAAGAACUGUACAACACUAGAGUUUGGAGAUAACAAAUUUGGAAACUCAGGAGUGAAUGUUCUCUGUACCAUUCUGAAGCAACUGGGUUGUAAUUUGGCUGAUUUGAAACUUGAUUGCAAUAACCUCACAGAUGCUUGUGCCAAAGAGCUUUGCGCUGUUCUCAGAACUAGUCACAGACUUUUCAGUUUAGACCUUCAAGAUAACUCCUUCACAGAGAACUCUGUCCCAUUCAUCCAAGACUUGAUGAAAAAUUGCACCAGUUUGGCUAUUGUAGACUUAUCAUCAAAUAAGUUUAAUAAAAGAGGACAAAAAUCCCUGAAUCUGCAAGUCAAGGAGAUAACUGAAUCAGAGCGUCGCUUUGUGUUAUGGAUAUGACUCUAUUCUCACACGGUAGCUACAGAACAAAAGGAAUUCUUGUCAAUGGAUGGGAGUGGAGAAAGGAUGGAAGAAUGUUCAAAUGGAUUUACAGUGCUAAAGUAUUGCAGUUUGUGGCCUCCUCUUUUCUUCUAAAACUGGAGAGAGGUGCUUAGGCAUUUCAUUUUGCUUCAGUUGCCCAAAUAAAUCCUCGCAGCAAAAAAAUAGGAUCUGCUGGCUUGAACAGAAACAUGUCUUGGAUUUGUUUCAAUAAAAUUCUGUUUUUAAAAAAAGUUAAGUUGGUUCUCUGUGAAAAAGUCUGCCUCCUCUGUUAAAGAAAAACACAUACCCCCCAAAAAUCCCAUGUACAACUCAAAUUGUUUGAAAAGUGCCUUUCCCAUUACACUCGAGAAAGAACAAUAUCCACGUAGCUCUUUUUUCCAUUUGCUGUUCCUGCCAUGGAAAUCCUAUUUAUCAUUGUUCCGAGUUCACUAAAUUCCACUGUUUUGUAUUCCAAGAUACAUGUCUAAUACAGCUGUAGUUUCCAUCAAGAUCAAGAAUCAAUUCAUCAAUCAAAUGAAGAGCAUUUCACCUUCCUUUUCCUAUGUUUCUGCUAUUCUAUUUUC